UUAUCGUUUUCUUCCGUAAGAGGGCGUCAAUUUCUGCGACGAACUUUUCUGUUUUUUAGAGGACGUCGGACAUGAUUCGAUCUCUAGGAAAACUGAUAAAUUUCCAAAAGAAUGCCAUUCAACUUCUUCAGAGUAAAAAUAGAAAUGUUGAAGCUAGAAAAUUAUGGGGUUGGUUAAAUACCGUCUUUAACAAAGUUGAUCCAGAACGAAUAAAAGAAGUUGGUCCUGACCGAGCAGCAGCCGAAUGGCUAAUCAGAUGCGGUGCAUCAGUAAAGUGGAAAGACAUAGACAAAUGGCAAGUUGAUUACAAUACUUUACCGACAGGCAACUUUCAGAGAUACAAAAUAGAAGAAAUAGAUGCAACAGAUUCUUCGGUGAUGUACGUUGGAUUUCCUCAUUUAAAGAAUUUAAAUUAUUUGAAAAGAAUAAAAUUCCAUAAUUGUAGUUAUUUAAAUGAUGAAGGUUUAGAAAUGUUAGACCUUGUGAAAGACACAUUACAACACCUGGAAAUAACAAGUUGUGGAAAUGUUACAAAUAAAGGAUUGACGCCUCUGAAGAAUUUAAAAAACUUGAAGUAUCUAUUGUUGUUCGAUCUUCCAGAAAUAGUAAACAGAGAAGCUUGUGUGGAAGACUUGAGAAAUUCUCUUCCCGGAUGCGAAAUCCACUUUCCUGCACCAGAAAAGCAAUAAAGUGCUAAAUUAUCGAUUAAUUUUGCAAGUAGCGUUUGAACAUUUUUCUUGAGUUCAAAAGGAAGCAAAUAAAUAAUUAUUUUUAUUAUUAUUUA